AUGAUAACAGACAACGCUGGUAUCAUUGAGAAGCCAACAGACAACAAGACCUUGGCUGAAGUCUUAAGACUCAUGUCAAGAUCAUUGAACAAACAGAGACAAUUGUAUACAGAGACAUUCCCCUUGGAUGAGGACUACACGAUCAAAUAUAUUGUACAUCCAUUUAAAGUUAUUAAUGCAUCGAUCACAGACUGCUUCCUGAUGACUGAGCCGAACGUGAUGCUUCAAUCGCGAAGACCAGUUGACGUCGGUGGUUAUACAAUGUACAAGUCGGAUAACUAUAGGAUUGGCAUCAACUAUAGGUUGGUUCUACACUUUGAUGAGAAGGAGGGCACAGAAAACAAGUGUCCGUAUGUUCAAACAAGAAUAUACCGUGAUCACGCCAAGAUGAUGUCUAUUCAAGAGAUGAUCUGUCAUCAACAGUGGCCACUCGUCCACACAGAUGAGUCGACGAAACCCGACAGACAUAGGAUAGAGGUGGACAAUGCAUCAUUCAAGAUACAGACCUACAAUCUAUGGAACUACAACAGUCCAUGGGUCACAAGGAGACAGUUGAUCGUCGAUGAUAUUGUCGCCAAUGAUCCCGACUUUAUCGCAUUCCAAGAGCCAAGAUACUCGCCAUGGCAAGGUGAGAGCAACUUCAAGCCAAACCUGCAACUCAUGGGUCAGGAGCGCAACCAAAUCCAACAUCUCGUCAAGCUAUUGGCAUUGCAAAACAAGAAGUAUCACUAUGUCUUUCACCCAUCAAUGGUCUAUGUCCAUCCAGACAAGUUCGAAUAUGAAGGCUUGGCAAUGCUGUCCAAGUACAACAUCAAAGAGAAGAGUUCAAUCAAACUAAGCAAGGACUUUCAUGAUGAGGAGGACGUACACCAGAGGAGUUGUUUGCGAUUAUUGGUAGACAGUCCAAUUGGCGAUGUCAACCUGUUCACUUCACAUUUCUCGCUGAGUCUGGAGGGCGCACAAAGGAACGCACUCGAGGUCAUCGACUGGGCCAAACAAUUCGAAUCACCAUCAAUCCCUCAGGUGUUUGUUGGCGAUCUGAACUCAUUGCCACAAUCAUCAGCCGUCCAACUACUGCUGGGCAAGAAGGCAGUUCAAGAAGUUAGCGGUGACUUUAUGGAUUCAUUCGAGGUCUGGACGGCAAGGACUGCCGAUGUUACACUGCCACAAGGAACAUACUCUACACUUCAAGGUACAGAACCAACCAAGAGAAUUGACUAUAUCAUGAGCAGAGGUGGAUUGGAGCUUACCAACUUCAAGAUCAUUGGGGGACACACACAAGCCGAGAAUCAUGAGACAAUCUAUGCAUCUGAUCAUCUAUCACUAGUGUCAACUUUCAAGCGACUGAAAGAACGUAUGACUCAUGCAGAGCACACGACUACUGUUGUCAAUAAUGCUGAGGUUGCUACACCCAAAGCCAAGCCAUUGGCGUAG